AUGUGGAAAAAACAUCGGAAGACUUCCAAUAGAAAUAUAUCAAACUCUGCAGUACAACAAACUCAAGCUGAUGCUAGCAAGCCAAAAAAUAAUGCUGAUGAACAGUUAAUAACUAAUAAAGAUGUGAAAAAUGUACAGAAGUGUAUUAAUUGCUGUGAAGAGUACUCUGUUCACUUUCCAUAUAGUUUCAAUAUAUUUCUACCUGGAACUAAAGAAGUUAUAAAAGAAUUUAUUAUAUCAAGACAUCGUUUAACAACAUCUGGUUUAAGAUGUCGUCUGCGGAUGGGUUUGAACACGUUUGACAGUGGUUGCAAAUAUGGCAAAGAACGCGUUCUACGCCUUGAAGGCAUGACGAAAGAGGAGAUAGUUAGUGCUGUUGACUUACUGGAUAAUGUGUUUCCCGACUGGAAAGUAUGGAAAAGAGGUAAAUCAGAUGCGGAGCUAUUGUAG